GAAACAGGGUAUGUAACUUCGUUACAUUCAACCCAAACGAAUCUAACCCCGGAAACGACAUCCGGAUUGUAGUUCCAAAACUGGAACCGAACACCUGUAUCGUUCCGGACUCAUUCCGUCUGUCGUACGAGUUCAAGAACGAAAACACCAAAUCCCGGUUUAUGAAUAACCUCGGUAAACUCGUGUGUGAACGACUCAUGAUAAGGGUGGGUGGUGAAAUCGUAUACGACAAUAACGGCGAAAGUCUCAUCGAAGUCUACAAAGAUCUCUGGAAGAUGAGCACGAAAAGAGCAAAUAUGAUAGAAUACUGGAUUAUGAACGAAAACACAAGAAAGCUAUUGUCGAAGGACGACACUGCCGAUCAGACCGGAAAAACGGACGGCGACUACGAUCUAGUAAUGGCGAAGGUAUACAAGGAGCAGAAAAUGAAACUCGGAAAAAUUCUCAAUGACCACGGCCCCUACGCACCGUACAACAUGAAGAGCGGAUUCGAGUACACGAUAACCCUUCCAAAAGCCGACAAGAUUAUGGUUGCACAAGCGAACGAGAAGGUGGAAGGAUAUACGUUAAAAAACAUACAUCUGGAAUACGAAACCAUCGAAAACGAAGAACUGGCCAAACGGGUAAACGAAGGAUACGAGACCGGCAGAUCCCUGUCAUACGAACACACAACACUGUUGAAAACAACUGUGUGGUUAAAGAAUGCUACAAGGUUCAACGAAACUAUAGACGUUCCAAGGGUAAGCAUGAUGGCUGUGGUCCUACUUUUCAGGAAAAGAACAAUAACCGACAGCGAGGAAUACGUCUUUCCAAGCAUCGAAAAGGUAAAGGUUACAAUAGAGGGGAAAUCGAAUGCCGUAUAUAGUCAGGGUCUAACAACGGAAGAUUUCUACGACGAAGCAAAAAGACUGUUUGGAAUAGCCAACAACACCUGUAACGACGACAUAAACGUCAGGAAAUUCUACAAAGAUAAAUUCGCAUUGGUAAUCGAUCUGAGGGCUGUCGACGACAACCAUAUCGUUGGAAGUGGAAAGAAGCUUCUCGGCGAUAACCCCGGAAUCCCUCUAGAAAUUGAAACGGACACUAUUACCGAAGACAUCCUCUGUAACAUCUUUGUGCUAUCCGAUGGACUCAUAAACAUCAGCGAAAAGCCCCUUCAGGGGAUUAGUUAUUAA